GAUCUUCUUCUCUCACCCGGCCACUCGUGACGGUUGACAUUCACCAUCUGCUACACGUCUCCAGCCUUUCUUCACGCCUCUUCUUCAUCUAUGCUUGAUACCUUGCAGCCCACAUACCAGUACGAUUCCACUCGCGCUGCUGAGCUUGCUAGAGAUGUCUGCGGCCCCACAGCAGCAGCAGCAGCAGCAGCAGCCGCGUCGUUCGGCAGAGCGUCAAGCUAGACCCAUCUCCUAUCCUCACCCUCCGCAAGAUCAAGAUGCCCAAGAGACAUCCCCCUUACUAGCACAUCGCACCGCUUCAGAGCGCGAUCGGUUCGCAAGUCGCUUGCUGAAAAUCUUGCUGGCUCUCGCCGCUUUCUUGCUUCUACUUCUGAUCGCUAUCAUCAUCAGACAGGAACUCAAGGAUCGGAGGGAUCCUCGAUGGAACACUGGAAGAAGAGGAAAACCUUUCUUGGCUCAGGGUACACAUGGAGCCGUGGCUAGCGAAAAUGUCAUUUGCUCGGAUAUUGGGGUGGACAUACUCAAGGCCAAGGGUAAUGCGGUGGAUGCGGCUAUAGCGAGCGCGUUUUGCAUUGGUACGCUCAACAUGUUCAGCAGCGGUAUAGGAGGAGGAGGCUUUAUGAUAGUUCGCGAUCCUCAGCCUUGUUCACUCGUCUCUGCAGAAACGCAACAUGAAGGAGAAGCUUCCACCCUGGCUCACCACAGGCUACCUAGACGGACGCACUGCGCCAGCCAUACAGUCAUCGACUUCAGAGAAACAGCACCGGCAGCUUCGAAUAAGACAAUGUAUUCGGGUCGACCAGGCACGCAGCUCUUGGGCGGCUUGGCCGUUGGUGUGCCUGGAGAAGUUGCAGGUCUGUGGGAAGCUCAUCGGAGGUGGGGUAGCAUGAAGUGGGAAGAGCUGAUCCAACCGAGCAUCAAGCUGGCAAAGAGAUCCAUCGUCGGUCCUCAGCUUGCUAAGAAGCUCAAACUUGUGGGAGGCUACUUCAUGUUGGAGUAUCCAGAGUGGAGCGACAUCUUUGUCAAUCCGGAUACCGGCAUACUCAAAGCAGAGGGCGAAGAGAUCAGGAGGCCUGCAUAUGCCAAAACGCUGGAGAAGAUCGCGAAGCAUGGUCCUAAAGCUUUCUACGAGGGAGAUGUGGCAAAGACGAUGGUGGAAAAAGUUCAGAGCACCGGUGGAAUUUUGACAGAGGCGGAUCUGGCAGCAUACAAGGUGGUUGUCAGGCACCCUCUGACUGGAAGGUGGGGCGAUCGCAUCGUACACACCACGCCAAACCCCACGUGCGGCCCGACGCUCCUCUCACUCCUGAACAUUGCUAGUCUGUAUCCCGACUGGAUCAGCUCUGGUCCAGAAAACGCAGACACCGUGCACCGGUUCGUGGAAGCGAGCAAAUUUGCUUUCGGGCAAAGGACAAGAUUAGGAGACCCUGCUUUCCUUAACAGUACCGCGGUGCAAGACGUAGAUCGGAUUCCGACGACGGCUGAAGCUGCGAGGAUCAAGACACUGAUCACGAACGUGACCCAUGAAGAAUUGAGCUACUAUGAUCCACUGUUCGAUAUCGGCGAGGAUCACGGGACGCAGCACCUAUCCACUGUCGAUUCUGCUGGUCAAGCGGUCGCGCUGACUUCGACUGUCAACAUUCCAUUCGGAUCUUGGGUGAUGGAUCCAGCUACCGGUGUCAUUCUGAACGAUGAGAUGGACGACACUUCUACUCCGAAUGUGCCAAACGCAUUCGGUCUCCGACCUUCGCCGUUCAACUACCCCGAGCCAGGCAAGAGACCGCUGAGCAGCACCGCGCCUACAAUCGUAGAGCAUUCCGACGGGUCUUUUUUCCUCGCAUUGGGCGGUUCAGGCGGUUCGCGCAUUUUCGGAAGUGUGGCCCAAGUGCUGCUCAAUUUGGACUGGGGCUACGAUCUGUCGCAAGCGAUCGAGCGGCCUCGUCUGCAUCAUCAGCUCUUGCCCGCCGUCGUGAGCGCCGAGAGCACCAUCAGCGACGCUAUUCUGGAGUCGCUGAAAAGCAAAGGUCAUAAUGUGACAGUCUUCGAUAUCAACAUGGGAAUGGCCGAGGUUCAGGCUGUCAUGAGGGAACAGGCACCUGGCAGACACGCUCGCGUCUUUGCGGCCAGCGACUCUCGAAAGGACGGCAGAGCUAGUGCUUACUGAUGUAGUUGCUCGUGUACGGACGCCUCCUCCGAAUGUUUGGCGACAUUCUCAUCCUCCUUGCCACUUAGCGCUCGCGAUAUCUCUUCACAGCCUAGCUACAUGCUCCCGAUGUCCUGCCCCUUCUCCUCGUCGUCAAUGCACCUAUCAUGUAAGCUUGGAUCGCAACGCAACCUGUUUGAUUGUCGCAAUCGGUAUCAAUACAAGGCA